UCCACACCACCACACACUUUCCUGUUCAGGCCAUCUGCCGGAGCAAGAAGCAAACUCAGCUGCAAGCAAUGGGGUUCGCGGCGGCGCUUCUCUCCGUCGCGAUCAUCAGCCUCCUCGCCGCCGCCCCGGCCGCCGCGCAGGGGAAGACCGGGCAGGUGACGGUGUUCUGGGGGCGGCACAAGGACGAGGGCUCACUCCGAGAAGCCUGCGACUCCGGCCUGUACAGCAUGGUCAUCAUGUCCUUCCUCGACGUCUACGGCGGCAGCUACUACCACUACCACCUGGACCUAUCCGGCCACUCGACCGCCGGCAUGGGCGCGGCCAUCAAGCGGUGCCAGUUCCUGGGCGUCCCCGUCUCCAUCUCCAUCGGCGGCUUCGGCGGCGCCUACUCCCUCCCCACCAACGCGUCGGCGCUGGCGCUCUUCGACCACCUCUGGAACACCUACUUCGGCGGCAGCCUUAACGACGACACCCGCCGCCGGCCGUUCGGCGACGCGUGGCUGGACGGCGUCGACAUGUUCCUGGACCACGCCACCCCCGCCGAGCACUACAGCACGCUGGCGCUGGAGCUCGCCAAGCACAACAUCCGCGCCGGCGACGGCAAGCUGCUGCACCUCACGGCGACGCCGCGCUGCGGGUUCCCUGACGCCCGCGUCAAGGAGGCGCUCGACACGGGCAUCUUUGAGCGCGUCCAUGUCAGGUUCUACGACGAUCCGGACUGCGCCGCCGGGUUCAGCGCCGUGGAGUGGCGCAAGUGGACGGCGGCGUACCCGUUCACCAAGUUCUACGUCGGCUUGCCGGCGUCGCCGCAGGCGGCUAGGAGUGGGUUCACGGAGCCUGGGGCGCUGCGGAGGACGGUGCUCCCCGUGGCGCAGACGGCGGCCAACUACGGCGGCGUGAUGGUCUGGGAUAGGUACUUCGACAAGCGCAGCAACUACAGCGGCAGCAUCAAGAGCUGGGUUUGAGAGUACACAACUCAGCGUGCCGGUGAUGGUACGGUGUGUGUUUUUCCUUGGCUGCUGAUGGCCCUUGCGAGCCCCAAGUCAGAGAUCUUCUUUUUUUUUAAGGACAAGUCAGGCCUUGUUUAGUUUACAACAAAAACAAAAACUUUUUUAA